UACAGGACGUUAGCUCAGUUAGCUCAGCAGCUAGCAGAGAGGAGAGCUGACAGAUCUGUGACGUGACUCUGGAACAUAUGACUCUAUAAUCUAUCUAUAACCUGUCUGACGUCAUUCACCGCUCACAGCUCAUCUGGUGUGUCGUUAGUUUAACUCAGUUACGUUAUUAUUUACCGUCAGGUUAGCUCGUGACGUCAGAGUUAACGGUAGAGCUAACGUUAGCCAUGUUUACUGAACUGAACAGCAUCUUAAACACCAAACCGGACAGCGUCACUCAGGGAGAGUUCAUCCUGCUGUCAGAUAGACGGAGUGACGCUUCUUUUCUCAUUCACCACUUCCUGUCUCUGUACCUGAAAGCUGGAUGCAGGGUGUGGUUCGUGGCUCUGGUGCAGUCCUUCAAUCACUACAGUGGGAUCAGUCAGAGACUGGGUGUCAGCCUGUCACAGGCUAAAGAGAAGGGUCAGCUGGUUUUCCUGGAGGGUCUGAAGGAGUCACUGUCUGUUCUGAUUCCUCAAGAGACUGAAGCAGGAAGUGAAGUCAUGGACUUCCUCAGGGAUCCUGCUGCUGGUCUGAAGAGUCUGUACCAGUUUGUUGGCUCCAGUCUGACCAGUGGCGGCGGUGAUGAUGAUGAGGAGGGGCGGGGCUCCCCGGUGUUGCUAGUUGAUGACCUCAGCGUGCUGCUCAGUCUGGGUGUGAGCGUUGGAGACAUGUUGGACUUCAGUCACUACUGCAGGGCGACCGUCUGCUCCCAGCUGCAGGGCAACGUACUGAUGCUGGUUCGCUGUGAUGGAGAGGAGGAGGAGGAGGAUGACGGAGAUGAUGAAGGCUCAGAGAGACUCCUGAAGGGUCUGACCCACCAGUGCAGCCUCAGUCUUCAUGUACAGGGUCUCCCCACCGGCUACUGCAGGGACAUCCACGGCCAGGUGGAGGUGUGUUGGAGGCGGAGACGAGGUGACGGACAGCACUCACAGAAGAAAGUCUUUCAGUAUAAAGUCCAUGAUAAAGGAGCGUCCUUCUUUGCUCCCGGGACAUCCAGCGCUGUCCUCUAGUCCCUCCUCUGUCCAUGUCUCAGUGUCAGUGUGAAGGAGGCGGAGCUGCCACAGAGAUACAGUGUGGACCUCAGACUGUCUGGAGGACGGACACAGCUGAUUGGCUGCGUCCUGACCUCUGAAGAGUCAGUGUGAUGAAGAGCUGAGCUCAAGGUUCGACUGCAGACUCAUCUUCAGUCAUAGCUUCAGUUCAGACAUCAGUGUCUUAUAUCUGUGACAUUAAUGGUCCUUCAGGAAAUUUUGGGCCCCAAAUUUUCUUCAUUUUAUGAAUUUUUAUAUGAAUCCAUUUUUUCAGUUUUGUGUUUCUGCCUCAGUUUGUGGAGGAAAUAUCUUAAAUUUUAUCAGAAUAAAACGUCCUCUGAUAUUGUCA